ACAUGACUUAGUGUUAAAAUGAAGUUGAGUAAGAGUACAUGUAUUCGAGUACAGCGAUGAAGUUCAUUUAAUCAAGCUGAUGAGCCCCUGCUUGUCCGCGCAGCACUAGACGCAGUUCCUCUUGUGAUCGUUAGAUGUCGCCACUCCUCUCACGUUCACUCCCAGCAGAAGCACCUCCGUCCCCCGCUGUCUGCACAUCAUAUCAUAAACCGCUACCAUUACUGCCAGCGAGCUAACAACAUACCCUUCAAAAACAGGAUCUUACAAACGGCCGAGGUGUUGAUGGAGGGGCUACUGAGAGGUGUUUGGGAAGGACACUAUGUUUCCCUGUGUCUCCUCCUGGCCCUCUUCUGAUCCCCCUGCCGCUCUGGGCCAUGCUCCGCCCAUUCACCCGGUACAGCCGCCCAAUCAGCCACUGCCUGACCUGCUGCGGAGCUGUGUUGUGCUCCCUUCCCCAUCCACGCGCCUGAGCCCUUGUACCAACGAGAUGGAGUCUAUGAUUGUGGUGACGGAGUAUGAGCCCAGUGGUGGCUCAGGGCAGGAGGGCGGAGAGGACGAGGAGGUGGAGGACAUGGACAGCUCGGAAACGCCAGUGACGGUGUUGUCAGGUCCAGUACCGCCCUUCCGUAUGGCCUCCUGUGAUCUUUUAUCCCACACGAUGGGCCGCCCAGAAGCGCUCUUCCCAGAACCGCAGGAGCACAGAGGUAGACUCAGCCUCUCCGACAGGAAGCUGUCGCUACAGGAACGCUCGCAGACGCUUUCAUCGCCCUGCGGUUCUCCGGGGCUGAACGGACGCUAUAUUUACCCAUCGCUGCCCUACUCGCCAAUCACCUCCCCUCACUCAUCUCCACGCCUCCCUCGAAGACCAACUGUGGAGUCUCAUCGUGUCUCCAUCACAGACCUGCAGGACUGCGUGCAGCUCAACCAGUACAAGCUGAAAGAUGAGAUCGGAAAGGGCUCCUAUGGAGUUGUCAAGCUGGCGUACAAUGAAGACGACAACACAUACUACGCCAUGAAAGUGCUGUCCAAGAAACGCCUGAUGAGGCAGGCUGGGUUCCCGCGCAGACCUCCUCCUCGUGGGGCAAAAUUGGCCCCUGAGGGCCCUCCUCAGCCCAAAGGCCCUCUGGAGCGUGUUUACCAGGAGAUAGCCAUCCUCAAGAAGCUUGAUCACCCUAAUGUGGUUAAGCUUGUGGAGGUGCUGGAUGAUCCAAGUGAGGACCAUCUGUACAUGGUAUUUGAGCUUGUCAAACGAGGAGCAGUGAUGGAGGUUCCUACUGAUAAGCCCCUGGAUGAGGACCAGGCACGCUUCUACUUCCAGGACUUGCUGAGAAAAAUAGAAUAUUUACAUUAUCAGAAAAUCAUUCAUCGGGACAUCAAGCCUUCCAACCUGCUUGUGGGAGAAGAUGGCCAUGUUAAAAUAGCAGAUUUUGGAGUCAGUAACCAGUUUGAGGGAGCAGACGCCCUCCUGACCAGCACAGUUGGGACACCAGCAUUUCUCGCCCCAGAGACCCUCUCAGAGACCCGCAAGAACUUCUCCGGAAAGGCUCUGGAUGUGUGGGCGAUGGGAGUCACCUUGUACUGUUUUAUCUUUGGAGUGUGUCCGUUUAUGGAUGAGCGCAUUUUGAGCCUCCAUCAGAAGAUCAAGACCCAACCAGUGGAGCUUCCUGAGAACGCGGACAUAUCAGAUGACUUAAAGAACCUUCUUCUUAAAAUGUUGGACAAGAAUCCUGAAACCAGAAUUACCGUCCCACAAAUCAAGGUGCACCCAUGGGUGACGCGGCAUGGCGCUGAGCCCCUCCCCCCUGAGGACGACAACUGCUGCAGCCUGAUAGAAGUGACAGAGGAGGAGGUGGAAAACUCUGUCAAGCACAUCCCCAGCCUGGCCACCGUGAUCUUGGUUAGGACUAUGCUGCGCAAACGUUCUUUUGGGAACCCGUUUGAUUGGGGCCGCAGGGAAGACAGGAGUCCCGCCGCACCAGGACUCACGCUAUCAAAAGGGAGAGCAGGGAGUUUGAAAUACUGCCGCAAUCUUGGUACCCCCAGGAAACAAGAGAGCGAGGAAGGCAUGCGGAGCAUGGACCUGCCCUUCGUGGGCGAGGAUGAAGUUCUUUCCUGAUAGUUGUGGGUGUCUUGCUCGGGGGAAAUGCGCAAGGAUGGGGCUGUCAUGGCUUCCGGAAGGCCAGGAUAUGGACCUGUGGCUGUGGCGUGGAACGGAAAGAUGGAAGAAAGGAAGAAGCUCUUGUUGGGUUGUUGAUGUGGAGGGUGCCCACCCACUCGUGCAUGCAUUUGUACAGUCCACAGCAGCAUGCGCUGUAUCUGUCCGCCCAGGUCUCUGCCAUCUCUCAGGACCUGUUUUCUGUGUGCGUGUGUGUUUUUACUCUCCUCUAUGGCACGGAGACUCUGCUUUACUCCCCUACUUCCGCUAGGGGGCGCCACCGCAAAGCAAAACAGAAUUUUUGGGGAAAAAAUUUACAAUUUAUUAGGUUUGUCCAACACUCAUUAAUUAGAGAGACAUGCUACUUUAUUGCAGUUUUAUAGAUUUAUAGAUUAUUAGAACUGAAUUUGAAAGUAACAAAAUAAAGACUUUCAUCAGGAAUUAAUUUCUCGAAAUAAAUCUUGAAAAUCAAGGUCAAAUAAAGUAAAUAAUGUAUAUAAAUAAAUAUCAACGCAAAUAAAAUAAUAAAUAGCUUUUGCACAUUUGCGGACAACAACCUUUAACUAGUUUUUUAAUUCUUAAUUGGUGAUUUAGGUUUGUCCAUCACUUAUUAAUUAAGAUUGUAAUUGUAAAUGAUAUCAUAUGAUUUGAAAAUGAUAAAAUAAAAGAUGGCUCAGACUUUCAUCAGAGAUUAAAUUAAUCUCAGAAAUCAGGUAUGUUUGAUCAAAUUAAGAUAAAUAAUAAAUGAAUUAAUAAUAAAAUGUAUGCAAGUAUACAAAAAUUAACAAAAUAAAUAAUUAAUUUAAUAAAUUUAAAAUUUAACUUUAAAUAAUGAAAAUCUUCAAAUUUGCCGACAAUAACCUCUAAGAAGUUUUUAGAAGAAAUUUUUAAUUUCUUAGAUUUUUCCAUCAGUCAUUAAUUAGAGAGUCAUGCUGCUUUAUUGCAGUUUUACAGAUAUUGUUAGACUUUUAGAGUUGGAUUUAAAAAUAAUAAAUAGAAGAAGGAAAAAACUCAGACUUUCAUUAGAAAUUAAUUUCAACUUCAACUGAAAUUCUUCUCAAAAUCAAGUUUGUUUAAAUUAAGUUAAAAAAAUGUAUUAAAAUAAUUUUUUAAUAAUUCAACUUCUUAAAAUUUGCAGUCAGGAAAUGUGUAUAAUGCCAUUUAGAGAAAAUGCAGAUAUGUUUGUAUGCGUGUGUUUGUUUAUAUAUCAAAUCACACAGCUUUGUGUUUAUAUUAUAAUGACAGCGCUGUAGAUGGUGAACAGGACCAAACCUGGAAACUAUCUCUUUUCUUUUUCUUUUUCUUUUUUUUUAACAACAAAGAGAGUGAUUUAUGGUCAUAGCAUGUUUUUGAAUAGUAGGUUUAUUAUUUAGGGCACAAAGAACCUUUGGGAAUGCCACAAUAGGCAUUGAGACCAUUCUUCUUGUAUGUAACUUGACCCUUUUAAUCAUGAAGGUAACAGUUUCUUACUGUAAUUACACUUCGUUUUCCUGUUUAGAAUUACCAAAAUGCCAUGUAGUAGUGCAUUUCAGACUUCGUCAUGAUCAGAGUGAGUUUGUUAUCAGCAUUUCUAUAUAGGACGCAUACUCUAUGAAGUUCUUGAGGAAAUACAAUAACUUUGUGCAAUCUAUGCAUGACUUUUCUCUUAAGGAAUCAGUGUUUGUCAGUUUUGACACAAAUAUAUGCCUUACAUUUUCAUACUCAUAACUGUAGCAUAGAUCAUCAGUACGUGUGUGUAGAGUUUUUUGGUACGAUAGAAUUGUAGAUGGAAUAAGCUGUUCUAGACCGUGUAGAACUAUAGUAACUUGCUUAAGCUCAGUUUUAAAGUUAGCAAAAAUAGUCCAAAGCCCUGUUGAGAUUUUCUCAAUGUGCACUAUGGUCAUGUAUCUCCUGUGUUGAUUAUUUUUCUAUGAUUGUUUGUUUGUUUGCUCUAUUUAGCUGUAGUUUUAAAAUGUUGGCGUGAUGGUGCUUUUCCACCACUGAAAUUAAUAACAUACUUCAUGCUUCCAUGUAUCGGGGAGUCUUUUCUGCACAAGUAGGUUGAAUGUAUGUUGUUGGUUUACCUUGUAAUACUAUAAGUAUUGACUAUAAGUCAACUCUAUACUGUUUUGUUUUGUUUUUUCCACUUUUUUUGGUUUCCUGCAUGUUAAACUCUGCUGUAUUUUAUAGUACUUGUUUUCUGUGACUUUCUUUAAGACUUUUAUUUAAAUCUUUUGUGUAGGUACUAUUACUAUGCAUAAGAAAUCUCACAUUGUGGUGCAGUUCUGGACUGUGUAAGUCAAACGGUUGUGUCUUCUAUUGGAUGUUGAUUGUUGAAGGAAACUUGUAAUAUUGACUUAAAUAUGCAUGUGCACCAACCGAAGCUGGUUAUACAAUAUCACUACUGUAUAUGUAAGCGAACAUUUUAACAGAUUUUGAUGACCUUUAAAUAAUAUAUUCAGGACUAGAGAAGCACCGUUCCCCUUUUUUGAGUAAGUAUUUCUAGGGAAAAUCUGAAAAUAUAUUAUUUAUCUUUGCACAUUUGAAUGUUUAGCAGAAUUCAGAUGAUGCGUGUUUAGUGAAAACUUUACAUGAAGGAUGAGGCCUCCAUAACCAUGUUUUCUUUUUCUGUACAAUCAAAACUAGGAGCAAAAUUUAACAGCUGAAAUCAAAGACAGCAUUUUUCUGUUUCCUAUGUACAGCCACUUUCUCAAAGAAGGACAUUGCAAACGGUACGUUGAAUAGAGGUGUAUAUUGAAGGGAACGCUGUACUGUAUAUUUCUAACUUCUUAAUAUCAUUCCUCACUGUUUCUGCCCAGUAUUUCUUGAAGGGCUAGAGUAAAUGUUUGCGUCCAUAUCACACUAGCGACUGCAUUUGAGCACUGUUGAGAGGGCUGUUUACAUGGAUGUUACAUAAAUGCAUGCCGUCACAAUCACGCAAUUUCAUUCAGCAUGUUUUGGAAGCAUGUUUGAGCUCUUUACAGCAUCUUCUGAUCAUUGCUGGUCAUUCUAUAUAUUGUAUCCAGUUGAUUAUUUGAAUAAAUUAAAGUUGCCUUUA